AUGGCCCCCCGAGAGUCCCAACCGCUCCCACCCUCCCUACCAUACCGCCUCGAUGGCAAGGUAGCGCUUGUGACCGGCUCGGGCCGCGGAAUUGGUGCCGCCAUGGCCGUCGAGCUUGGCCGAGCGGGCGCCAAGGUGGUUGUCAACUAUGCCAACUCGCGGGAGUCGGCCGAGAAGGUCGUGGCCGAGAUCAAGGCCCUCGGCAGCGACGCCAUGGCCCUGCAGGCCGAUGUCCGGCAGGUGUCACAGAUUGUGAAGCUGAUGGACGAUGCCGUGGCUCACUUUGGUGGGCUGGAUAUUGUGUGCAGCAACUCGGGCGUCGUUAGUUUCGGGCAUCUGAAGGAUGUGACCGAGGACGAAUUCGACCGUGUCUUUAGCCUCAACACGCGCGCGCAAUUCUUUGUCGCGCGCGAGGCAUACCGCCAUCUGCGCGAGCACGGCCGCAUCAUUCUGAUGUCGUCCAACACGGCGCGCGACUUCAGCGUGCCUCGGCACUCGCUGUAUUCUGGGUCCAAGGGGGCGAUCGACUCGUUCGUGCGCGUGCUGUCAAAGGACUGCGGCGACAAGAAGAUCACGGUCAACGCGGUGGCGCCGGGGGGCACGGUCACGGAUAUGUUUCAUGAUGUGUCGCAGCAUUAUAUCCCGGGUGGAGAGAAGUAUACGGCCGAAGAGAGGCAGCAGAUGGCAGCGCAUGCCUCGCCGCUGGUGCGCAAUGGAUAUCCCGUCGACAUCGCGCGGGUGGUUGUGUUCCUCGCCAGCAACGAGGCCGAGUGGGUCAAUGGCAAGAUCAUUACGGUGGACGGGGGGGCAGCGUAA